GGGUGCACAAGAGCGCGCUGUCAAGUUUUUGCAGCACCGCUUGCCCGAUACCAGAGUGGCUUUCUUCUUGUAAAGAGAAAGACAGUGGCUGUCGGCGUUAGCUAGUUAGAAGCAAUAUUUAUUUAAUCACUGGAUACACCAGCGAAUCGCCAUCACUUUGAUCCACCUUGCAAGCGUGUUCUGUGAACAGCCCGUGCUACGUUAGCAUUCUGAGAGAGAGCGACAUUGUGCUGAGACGGUGGAAAACGACACUUCCCCGAGUGCAGCGCAACCUCCUGGUGCUGCUGAUGAACAAGGUGGCGAUGCUGCUGCUCGGAGCUUAAUUUUUUGGAGAUUUGGCGUCGGCUGGAGGUGACAUUGCGCCUGUGCGUUUGGGGGAUUGCUGGUGACCACGAAGAUGGCGGAGUGCGCAGUCGAGAAAGCAGCCAAGACACCGGCAGUUGAAGUGAUGACGCCACCAGCAGUUGUUGAGAAAAGGCCACAUGCCAAUGGCCACGCCUCCCCUGUCCGCCUCCCAGCCAACCAGAGCAGCCCUGCAGGUAAACAAACUGAAAUGGUGACUGCAACCUUGCUGGCAGAGAAGAAACCCCAGACUAACGGUCAUGCCUCCCCUGUCCGCCUCCCGGCCAAUUCCAGCAGCCCUUCAGGUAAACAAUAUGUGGAGGGGUACCUUAAGACAGAUGACAGGAUGCGUUUGGCCAAAGAGAGACGAGAGGAGAGAGAGAAGAGCCUGGCGGCACGGGAACAGGCGAUCCGUGAGAAGGAGCGGCGGGCGCAGCUGCAGUACGAGCGCACCGUGGAGGAGCGCUGGCGGCGGCUGGAGGAGCAGCGGCAGAAGGAGGAGCUCCGGCGGGCCGCUGUGGAAGAGAAGAGGAGGCAGCGGCUGGAGGAGGAGAAGGAGCGCUUGGAGGCCUUGAUGAGACGAUCCCUGGAGCGCAGCCUGCAGCUGGAGCAGCGGUCCAAACGCUGGACCUGGGGCAGCCCCGGCGGUACCAGAGAGGGUGAAUAUGAGAAUGCCCCGCCUCCUCGCUCUGCUGCCCUCCCUCAUGACCUCGCUGCCCCCCCUCCUGCUGCCAGCGAAAUUAGCAACGCAGCUGACUCUCUGUCAGCAUCCACCAUGACCCUGCCCCAGCCCUUGGACCCGUCCCUCAGCAAACGCCUUUCAUCUUCUUCCGCAACUAUAGUCCAUACCCCAGAGAGAGCACCCCCCAGUCCCCACAGGUCUCCCUACAGGGGCUCUCCGAGCAGAGCAGCCCGCCGGAAGGCCAGCACAGGAUCCCCAGGAGUGUCCGAAGACAAUAGAGGGGCCGGGGUGUCCCCUGAAACUCCAAAAAAGACAGAUAAGCUGCUCAGGGAGAAAAGGACGGCUUCCCCUGUGACCGGAUCCCCACUUAGACGACCAGAAUCGCCUGCUACAGUCAGCAAGCGUCCCGCCUCCCCUGCAGCCUCCAGGAUGAUGUCGAAGAGCCAUGCCCAGUCUCCCUGCACCUUGCGGGAGAACCCCUCCUCUCCCAUGAAGCACAGAGCCGCUAACCCCAGCAUGGACGGCAACAGGAAGUGUGAAGGGGAGAGGGGCAAUGUGGGGAACCAGGACACCAGGGCAGAGGAGGCCAGAGGUCACAACACCCUAGAGAGAAAGACCGUAACUCCUAAUGAGACGCCCAAAAUGGAAACCCCUGAAAAAACCUCUAAGGUGGAGACACCUGAGAAUAAAAACCCUAAAGUGGAAACACCUGAGAAGAAGAGCUCCAAGGCAGAGACACCUGAGAAUAAAAACCCUAAAGUGGAAACACCUGAGAAGAAGAGCUCCAAGGUAGAGACACCUGAGAAGAAGACUUCCAAAACCGAGACACCUGAGAAGAAGACCUCCAAAGUAGAGACGCCUGAGAAGAAGACACCAAAGUCCAGCAAUAGUGACCUGAGUGGGGAUAGGAGUGCAGAGCCCUCCCCGAUGACACCCACUGGAAAGCCAAUCGCUGGGACGACGGAUGCAGAGGAGGCAUCGCGACUAUUGGCAGAGCGCCGGCGUCAGGCCCGUCUGCAGAAGGAGCAGGAGGACAAGCAGCGCCGUGAGCAAGAGGAGGAGGAGAGGAUGAGGGUGGAGAUGCUGAGGAGGAGGCAGGCAGAGGCACGGGCGUGGCAGGAGGAGGAGAUGCGGCGGGCGGAGAAGGAGAAGCAGAGGCAGGAGCAGGAGCGCAGACUCAGAGAAGAGGAGGAGCGACAGCAGAGGGAGAACCACGAGAAGGAGCUGCAGAAGCAGCUAGAAAGAGAGAGGGAGGAGGGAGAGCUGCAGGCUCAGAAGGAGGCCGAGCGACAGCGUCAGGAACGAGAGCUUCUGAAGCAGCAGGAAGAGCAGGAGAGACAGCAGAGGAAGAAGAGGAUUGAGGAGAUCAUGAAGAGAACCAGAAAGGGUGAUGCUGAAAUGAAGAAAGAAGACAUGCCCACAGAGCCCCUGUCAUCUGCCUCCUCCCAGCAGUCUGUACCGUCUCUACCGCCAGGGCCCCAAGGGGCAGUGCAGGUCAAUGCACAGCUGAAUGCAAAGGUGAACGGGCAAGUUAACGGGCAGUCCCUGGUGGAACUGGGAGAAUCAGAGGACACUGGCACGAAGCCUGCCACACCCCCCGCGGCCGCGCCCCCAGCCGCAACCCAGCCCGUGCCCCCGCUUAUCAAUCUGGAGCCGCUCGAGGUGAAGAAGAGUGAUGAAGCUGAUGAGGUCCAGUCCAUGGAGGUCAGCCCAGUCUCUAAGGAGGAGCUCAUUUCCAUCCCAGAGUUCUCUCCAAUUGAUGAGGUCCAUCACAAUGGCAUGAGUAACACCCGUGCCCUGGAGGAUCUGCUGGACCUGACGGGCCAUGUGGCCUACCCCAAACUGUCGCCCGGCAGCACUCUGGGGGAUUGCAACAAGAACCUGAUCGAUGGCUUCUGCAGUCCUGUGGCGGACACCAAGCUAAUCCAGCCCUGUGCCCCUUCCUCCGACAAACGCAACGUCCAGUAACCAGGACCCCAGAGCUGACCAGCCGUGGGGCAGAGACCUCUCUGCUGCACCCCUGCUCCACUGGAGAUAAGAGAGCUGAAUGUAGUCUCCUGUCCCUCUUUAAAGAUCCUUCUAGAAAACGCUCUGCAGUCUCCAUUUUCCUAAGGCCCACGAUUUCUGGGACUCAGGAAUGACAGCCGUUUUGUAGGAUUUAGUUUCAUCUCACGAGGCAGGCAUAAGCUCGCUGGUUUCGGGAUGUGGUGAUAUGUUGAUUGUGGCUUUCAGAAAACCGCACAAUGAAGUGGAGUGUGUUUAUUAUGCAAUGGUGGUGAGUUUCUGUAUAUACUGUGUCAGAAACUUUUUUAGUGCGUGUUGCAGUAUUUGUGCGUAAAUGGGUGUGUGAUUGUAUGUGUGCAAAGAUGGGUGGCCAAAGCAAAAUGCCCGUGUUUUAUCGUCAUGAAAUAUUGCCGCGGUUUCUCAGCAAUCCUUAAAAAAUGUACAGUUAAGUCAAAAAGCAAAAAGCUUCUAUGCUAUAACUGGAUAGUAUUACAGCCUAGUGGUUGCUUUACAUCUCAGAACACAAGCUUCAGUGAUUGUGCCCAAAACUACAGUAAGUUUACCUGAAGAAACAUAACCUUCUUUGAAGAACAUGGCUCCUGCAUAUCAGAAAUGGUAUGUACAACAGUUGAUCAACGCAUUGGGAAAGUACUGAAUGAUGUUUCUUUAUGCUUGGGACUAACCAUAAUCCAUUGAAGUGUAGUUCGAUCCCUUAGUUAAACAUCCAUUUAUUUCUUGAGACACUAUUUGGGCAAAACCCUUAGCUACCUAAGUGAGUCUGGGUGCCUCUUGCUGAUGUGUAUUAUAUGAUCAUAAAGGGACCUAAGGGACAGAUAUACCUAUGGCUUUAACCUGUACAGAUGACCGAAAGCUUGUCGUAUGCAGCAACAACAACAGUAACCAUGCUUACCUUUAGAAGUGUCGCAUGAGUACAAUACACUGUAUUUCAAGUCAAGUCUGUUUUAAGUCAACUGUUUUAUUUCUGGUGUGUGUUACCAUCUUACAUUACCACAAGCUCUGUUUUGGUGGAGAUCUCUGAGGUGUUUUGUGUGUUCUGUGCUUUCUCCACCUGAGGUCAAACCCCCCUCAUCUUUUCAGAAGUAUUACUCUGCAAGGCCUGGCCUCUCUGGACCUCGGAAAAAACCCAGACCUCACAGCUCUGAGCUGGCCUUCAGGCUGUUAUAUUUAGCACAGAAUGUGAGGUUCUGCUUUCGAUCUAAAUUCCACUAAAGAGUUUGGGAUUCUUAGGCUUUCAACAGCCUCUCUGAAGAAAUAGAAGUCAGAGGGUAAUAUGUGGUUAAAGGUUAACAAAUUAAUGAGCGGAAUAUUGUGGCAUUAGGGGAUCGAGUAACAUGCACAUAAGAAUCAUAACCGUGCGUCAGAAAUCAACAAACCCUGUACGUAGAUACUUGUGAUGAAGUAAGAGACCUUUGGUGCGUGUGUGCGCGUGUCAUCAUUUUCCUUUUUCACUCUUUUUUUUGUGCGUAUAAAAAUGUUUUGAUGAACAGCUCAAGGCGCAAGCAUAUACUGGAAAUGCAGCAGGCUGUUUGUGUCAUCCACAUCAGGUUAAAUGUGUCAUCAAGCAGUGUUAAAAACCCUGUGUCUCAUCUUUUAUCUUUAAAUAAACCAAGAGGAGCACAUUGUAGUUAGUGUAAAAGUGUAAUUAUUGUAGACAUGAUGCAUGGUCCCUCAGCAU